AUGGUUAGAGAUGGACAUAGGUAUGUUAUGUUCUAUCUAGAGCAUGUAGAUAACAUCAGUGCUGAAAGGGAUGAUGGUGUGCAAAACCCUGCUACACACCUACCUACCAUUAUCAGUCCUAUCAAGGGUAGAAGAGAGGAGGAGCAGAAUAGGGGUACUGGGGCAGAUCAGAACAUUGUGGCAUGCAGUUUUGCAGAUGACAACACUGUAGAAGGGACUAGCAGAGGAAUACGUAGAAGUAGAGCAAGUGUAGAGGUUUUUGAAGAUGAUUUAGAGGAGGGGAGUGAUGAUGACUCCUCUGACUCUGACUAUGAGCCAGAAAUAGUCGAUAGUGACUAUGACUUGGAGGAAGGGGAUGAGGAUUUGGUUAAUGAGAACAGUCAAACUGGUGAAGAGAAUAAAGGGAAAGGAAAAGUAAAGCAACUUAAGGAAGAUGACAAUUCUGAAGAUGACAGACUUGAGCUUCCAGAUUCAGAUGACGAAGAUAUGAAAUUCAAUUUCAAAUAUUUCACAGAUGUAGAUAUGAAUGAACCCAAGUUCCAUGCGGGCCAAGUCUUCUCAUCUAUAGACCAGUUGAGAAAAGCAAUUAGGGAGUACAAUUGCAAGGAGAGGUUAAACAUCAUUUUUUCGAAGAAUGACAAAAUCAGGCUUGGAGCUAAGUGUGAUGUUGGAUGCCACUGUUACUUGUAUGCAUCUUAUGACAACCGAACACAAUCAUUUAUGAUCAAGACAUUCAAAGACGAGCACAAUUGCAGCAAGAAGUGGCAGGUUAGAGCUUUUACUGCGAGAUACAUAGCCCAUAAGUUUGUUGACAACCUUAGAGCAAAUGAGAAGAUGACAUUGAAGGGAUCUGGAGAACUAGUGCAGAAAGAUUGGAACAUGAAAGUCAAGAGGGGAAAGCUUGGCGGAGCAAGUAAAAUUGCUUUCAACAUAAUAUACGGAGAUGAAAUAGCACAAUAUAAUCUGUUAUGGGACUAUGCACAUGAGUUUAGGAGAUCCAACCCAGGAAGUACAUUUUUUCUUGAACUUGCGGAUGAUGGAGAGUUCAAGAAAUGUUAUUUCUCACUAGAUGCAUGCAAGAGGGGUUUUCUUUCUGCUUGUAGGCCUGUUAUCUUCCUUCAUGGUUGCUAUUUGAAAACUCAAUUUAAAGGCAUCCUCUUAACAGUUAUAGGAAUGGAUCCCAAUGAUUGCAUCUUUCCAGUGGCCUUUGCUAUUGUGGACAUUGAAAACACCAAAAGCUGGAGGUGGUUUCUGACUGCUCUUAAACAAGACCUUCACAUUGUCGAUACCUCUCUAUGGACCAUUAUGUCAGACAAGCAAAAAGUAAGUGUCAUGUUUGCAUAG